UGACGUCACGCAUUGCGAUGUACAUUUAACUACACCCACUUAGCAUUUUCUCUAAUAAAUUGUGUUCCCCAGGAAACAUUUCUAUCGUUUAACCCACACUUAAAGUUUAAAGCUUCCGCCGUAAUCAACCAAAUGUAAAUUAAUUUUUUUCAACCCUAAGUUUAUGUAGAAAAAAUUGAUUUUCAGUGUGUCAAAAAUGAUUGGUUUCAUAUAAUAUUAUUGUUUUUAUAAAUAUUCAAGUUGACUGUAAAAACGCUAAGGAUUUGAAAUUUACUAAAAAUAUAAGAAAGAAAAAGGCAAUUAACAAAAGAUAAGGAAUGAAGAUGAUGUUGAAGAAAUUAUUGGUCCUAGUCCUCUGGGCUUGCUUUCUCAGCAUCUCCACUGCUGACAACACCGUUGUUCCCGUGACUAAUCAAGUCACCAAACCUGGUGGUCAAACUACCAACAAAAUUAACAAUUCUAUUCCAUCAAUAAAAGACAUGGAGAAAGCCGCUGAUCCAAGUUUCGAUGCAUCAGAGUUGGAAACUCCAGUUAGGUUGGCAUUAAAUAUAAUCAAGUACGGAAUCAAGUAUGGAAUCUAUACGCCCAUAUCACUUUCAAUUAGAGUCAUAUUGGAACCUAUCAUUUUAUCGUACUACGUAAUAGCCGAACCAAUAAAAUUUUUGUUUGGACCAAUCAUUAAUCCAGUGACUGGAUUCGUUGGGAGACAAGUUACCAAAACGGAAAAUCUCGCCCUCUGGCUGGCUCUGGAAUCAAUUAGUUUCGGCUCGGGUGCUACAGCUCAAGCCAUUUCAGAAGCAAUGCAGCUAACCACCAAUGGAAUUGCCCAGUUUUUCACGGACAUUGGAUUACCAGCUGCAAACACUGCAGAAAACUUAUCAAAACUAACGGACCAAAUGGCAAAAUCGAGAUCCAAAAGAUCUAUUUCCAAUGCUGUCGGAACCUUGGGCAGUGGGGUUACUCAAAUAAUUAAAUUUCCAUUUCUUCUUUUAAAGGGAAUCAUAACGUUGCCGUUCAAGAUAAUCUACUACAUAAUUCGUUGGCCAUUUUCCUUUAUAUUUGGGGGUGACAGCUCUACCUACACCCUUCUUUUGACCGACAUGAGUACAGAAAAGAUUACGCAUAUGGUAUUGACUGCCGUCUGGAAAUUCAUGAGAGACACUGGCUUCUCCAAACUGAAUACAUUUGCAAAUAAACUCAAAGAUAAUGAAGGAGUGCCCAAGCAAUUCAGAAUCCUGCUGUCAGAAUAUGCCGCUAUUUAUAAAGUAAUGAAGAUGUUGAAUUAUGUUAACUAACUUAUUUAUACCUAAUUCAUUUCAUAUUUUAUUCAGAUUUCAGAAAAAACAUCUAUUGCAAAAUGUUAUCAAAAAAUAAAGAUGCACAAAAAGUAA